CCAUGGGAACAGCAAACCGGCCCAUAUUUCACGGAGGCAGUUUCUCCCUUUCGGACGCGUAAGAACGGCGUGGCCGCCUGACGUCAUUGUUAUUGAAGGCACGUAGCCCCGCCCCUUUGUCGACGCGCUAACGCGCGAGCCCGUGUUUUCUCCGGCAGUGCUGCUGCGGAGUGACGGAUCUGCGUCGUGUUCGGGCUCCUGCGAGCUAAUGCGCCUUACAGACAGCUGAGUCAGUGGCUUGUCGGAUCGCAGAAAGCCGUGGACGCUCAGGCUGAGGAAUAAACAUGUCGAGGAAUCAGAGGACGCCGCAGAAAAACACAGACAGUGUGGUCGAGGUGAAGAGCAAAUUUGAAGCAGAAUACCGGCGAUUUGCGCUACAGAGGAACGGCACAGUCAGCUUCCAGGAGUUCUACAGGCUGCUGCAGAGUGUGCACCACAUUCCAGGAGUUGAUGUGCUACUGGGCUAUGCCGACGUCCAUGGAGAUCUGCUUCCCAUCAACAAUGAUGACAAUUUUCACAAAGCGCUGUCUUCUGCCAAUCCUCUGCUGAGGAUUAUCAUCCAGAGGAGAGAUGUGGACGAGCCUGUGGUCUUUGGUACAAACUCUCUGCAGAGAAGAAAAAAGGGCCUGGCAGGUCUGCGUGUCACCCAACAGAAGAACAAAUCAGGUCUGUUGAUCAGCCUCCCACAGGACUUCCGCCAGAUCUCUUCCAUCAUCGAUGUGGACAUCCUGCCUGAGACACACCGCCGUGUGCGCCUUCACAAGCAUGGCACCCACAAACCCUUGGGCUUCUACAUUCGCGAUGGUGUGAGUGUCCGUGUCACAUCACAAGGUGUGGAGAAAGUGCCUGGUGUCUUCAUCUCACGUCUGGUUAAGGGCGGCCUGGCUGAGAGCACAGGAUUGCUCGGGGUCAACGAUGAGAUACUGGAAGUCAACGGCAUUGACGUGGCUGGCAAGUCACUGGACCAGGUUACAGACAUGAUGGUGGCCAACAGCCACAACCUGAUUGUGACGGUCAAGCCAGCCAAUCAGCGCAACAACGUGAUGCACAGAUCGAGCAAAACCUCAGCUGGCAACAACUCUGCAGGCUCUGGAGGAUCCGUGCUUUCGCAGGAUUCCAUUCCUAGUCCUGCCUCUCAAACUGUUAGCCAAUACAGUAACAGCAACAGCGUAAUGGAAGGGGACAGCGAUGAAGAUGACACUGACCUCAUAAUUGAGAGUGAUAACCUGCCUGCCUAUGCGUCACAUCAUCUGACCAAUGGAAAUAGCAUUGUUUCUUCACUGGCUGCUUAUGGGCAGAGGCCUCUCCCCCAGAGCGUCUCAUUGCCUAGUACCAGCUCUAUGAGCUCGCACAACAGCAGCCCCAAUAAGACAAGCAGCAGCCAAGAAAGCAUGAGAGAGGACGGAAACUUCAUCACGUUGUGAAACACCUCGUAAUAAUAUUUCUUAUCAAAACAUAUGGAACACACUCGUACAAAAUUUUUAUGCACAACUAGAACAAAGGCUAAAGGUUUUAUGUUACUGUACAAGCUGUCACAAAACAUCAAAAUGAUGAUGUUGAUCUCCCUAAGAACCCCCUCGCCCCCUCGGUUAAAGGGUUGGGGGGGGCUAAGUGAGCAUAGUGGAGUUGGUGAGGAAGGAAAUGCGUCCUGGACCAUCUCCAGAGUAAAUGUGUGCACAUCACCUCAUGGAAGUGCCUUAUGGACUUAUGAUCUCAUUUUUUUAAUCUAAUAACUGUAACAAAAGAUCAUUCAUAUCAUACAGCGUACAUAACAUACAUUGUGCCACAACUGAUGAAGGAGCAGAAACUAGCACACAAACACACACUCUCUUCACGGUGGUGUUGAUGCCUCGAUGCCUAGUCCGAUCUUGAUCUCCACCUGCACUAUAGUAGUGGUGGAGUCCGUGUUCUCCACCACGUGAACUCUGCAGAGACACUGGAAUGUUUACCUGAUGCUUCCUGCAUGUCAAAACGGCACAGUAGCAUUGGUGAGAUGAUGAAGAAUUUAAUAAUGCACAUGUAAUAGCGCUGUCCUGAUCCAUGAUGUACGUGUUCUGCAUCUCUGAUUUCUGUCAUUUGGGCUCCAGGAAAUUCUGUUAGGACACACCAUGUCAUCUUUACAGUAUCACUGAUAUAUAUACUUUCUAGCUGUUGCUUUUGUAUUUGCUUCUAUUUGACAGUAACAAGCAGUCUGCCCUUCACCAUAUAAUCUCUUCUGAAACAUGCCUUUGUUAGUGUAAUGUUAGGUAUAUUUUGCUGCUAGACAUAAUUCAGCCUUAUAAAUCUGUCCUGUUUUUUAAUUGUCAUAGCUAUGUACACACCAAAUGUUGCCUACCGUCUAGUGAAUAGCAGCAAAAAACGGAAGAGGAACAAUACAAUAAUCUACAUCUUACAUGAGGAAAUGGCAAGUCCAGUCCUAAUGAUGUGUGAAAGCCAGUUCCCUCUCUAUCAGCUCAUGCUAUCAGAAUCCAUUCCUUCACGAUGUCAGUCUUUCACGUAGCUCUCGCUGAACUACGUUAACGUGCACUACAAUUCCGCGUUGUCUCGUUUCAUUGCUGUCAAAAUGCACAAAGUGUUUCAGAAGGUCUCGGAUGCUGUGUCUCUCAGUCUGUCUCCCAAAUCCUGUCUCACAUCAAGCUGCUUAAAGUGUUAUGAACCUAGUGGUAUCUGCUUGGCCCCAGACUCGAGUAGCCUCUCUGCUUUUGAAGCUGGCUGCUUAUGUUCGCCCGCCUGGGGUUGUUAUCCACUCUCCCUAGAAAUAUAUCAAUAAUAGAUGUUUUACUCGCACUGUGAUGUGCCUCAAAGAGGGGAGGUGGGGGGGAGGUGGGGGGGCGGGCGGGGGGCGGUUGACCUCUUGUGGACCCAGCUGUCUGCGUGCUGUCUGUUGUGCUGUCUGUUGUGCUGUGUGUUUGUGUGAAAAUGAAAAAAGAAGGAAAUUCCUUCCACGUUUGUAAAAGCUAAAAUUCGGCCUGACUAGGGAGCUGAUUAGUGCAGUCCUCUCCUGACGUGUGUGUAUGUGUGUGUAAAGCGAGAAAACCCCGAUUCCAAAUGACACAGAGAAUGGAGAAGGAACUCGAGUAAAUGGAGCUGGAUCAAAAAUGUUGACUUUUCACCAACCUUCUAUCUUUUGAAAGUUUUUUUUUUUUGGAAAAAGUAGACAAAAUGAGACCAGCAAAAACACACAGUAUGCCAAAAGUGCUUAGAAACCUGCGGAUAGGUGUGUUCCUGGCAGGUGUAGUUUCAUCACUGGAGCCUUCUUUAUUUCCACCUCGUCAUAUUUAUUACCACUCUGUCACAUUUAAAGUACAUCUAAGCAGCUCUUCAAGCUGAGAAACGCUGCAGAACCGGGUUUGUUUUGACAUACCCAGACACAACGUCUGCUAAUCUAACACCUCUGACUCACUGGGACAGCUGGAGUCAACGUGAAAUAAAAGAUGGACGUAAUCGUAGUCAAAGGGCAUUUAAAAGGGAUUGGACAGCUGGAAGGGUAUUUUUGGGGGGUGGAGAUUUGUCAUCCUAGUCUGAUUAGGUUAUUUAAGAGGAUAUAUUUUUAGGAGGAAUUGUUCCAAGUGCACUGGUUAUUAUUUCUGAAGGGCAGUAUGAAAUGAUAUUCACAUCUUUCUAUCCUAUCUCUCACUUGCUAAACAAUAUCUAAAGAUAUGAAUGGCACACAAAUUGGAAUAACAGCCACCGUAAUAAAAAGUACCAUGAACCUAAUUUGUUUUUUUUGUUUUUUUGUAUGUAUGUAAAUGCAUAUGUAUAUACACACAGAGAAAAUGGACAAUUUUGUAAACUGGGAGUCCUUUUUAUUAAAAGAGCAGUAUAUAUACAGUAUAUGUGUAAAAUAUGGAAAGUAUUUUUCUUAUUCUUGUACUUUUGUAUGUAUAUUGGAAUCCAGGAGAAGACGUUUCUAUUUCUUUUGCGUGUGCGGAAACAAAUGGAAAUCUGAAGAAAUCUAUGAUUUUAUUAUAAUCAGAUGGGUGGAGGUGUAUCAUACUGUGAAUGCAAAUAUGCGAAUUUUAAAUUGUUCUAUGGAAAUAAAAGUAUUCGAAACAA